AUUGAACCGUAUGAUAUGAAAUGUAUAUCAUAAAUCAGAUUUUAACAAAGAAAACAAAUUGUAAAUCUGGCUGCACGCAGAGUUGGGCUUUUUCGCCGCACCUCCGGUCACACUAAUUAGCGGCGAAUUGGCAAAAGGAGAGAGCAACAAAAAAAAGACAAAAGAUAAAACAAGAUAAAAGAGAUUAAGGAAAAGCAUUGAACCUGGCAAGAUGCGAAAAUUGAGCAGCUUCCUGUGCGGCACGGGCGCCGGCCUGGCGGCCUUUUAUCUGCAGCGGCUGCGUGAUCCCCAGAAUGCGGCGCACACCUCCUGGACGUCCAGCCAGAAGCCGGUGGACGCCUGUGCGCUGUGGGACAGCAACUGGGACUGCCGCGAGCCGCAGUCCCUGGUGCGUCCGCUGCGCAACAGUCUGCCGGAUGAGGAGAAUCGCUACAACACGGAUCUGGAGAAGGCCAAGGCCAAGAAGGCGCGCCACAUUAUCCUCGUGCGGCAUGGCGAGUACCUGGACGCCGGGGACUCGGAUGAAACGCACCAUUUGACCGAACGCGGUCGCAAGCAGGCAGCGUUCACCGGCCGGCGCCUCUGCGAGCUGGGCAUCAAGUGGGACAAGGUGGUGGCCUCGACAAUGGUCCGCCAGGAGACGUCCGAUAUUAUACUCAAGGAGAUCCAGUUCGAUAAGGAGAAGGUGGUGAACUGCGCCUUUCUGCGCGAGGGGGCGCCUAUACCGCCGCAGCCGCCGGUUGGCCACUGGAAGCCAGAGGCGUCGCAGUUUUUGCGCGACGGCACCCGUAUCGAGGCCGCCUUCCGGCGUUACUUCCAUCGCGCCUAUCCCGACCAGGACAAGGAGACCUACACCCUGAUCGUGGGCCAUGGCAACGUGAUUCGGUACUUUGUCUGUCGCGCCCUGCAGUUCCCGGCGGAGGGCUGGCUGCGCAUCAACAUCAAUCACGCGUCCAUCACCUGGCUAACGAUCGGUGCCUCCGGCAAUGUGUCCAUUAAGUACCUGGGCGACUCGGGCUUCAUGCCCGCCAACUUGCUCACCAAUCGCAUACCGCGGGACGCCAAAAACGUGGUCUAAGGCUGUCCACCCAACUGCCAAAUGGGCCUGACAUGGCCCGCCACGAUGAGAAGCAAUCCUAUUGUAUUUAUUAUUGCCAAGCCUUAAAGUAAAUCUGUAAGCUCUGAACGAGGACGACGGAGCAGCGAGGAGCUAAUAUUUGUGAUGAUGCUAAACUUUUUGUAUCCAAAAGAGGAUUCUCCGGGGUCAUCCCGUUUGAAAUAAUAACAUUUUUAUACAAC